ACCCGCAGCAGGUGCGCCCACUCUGUGCCAACACCCACCUUCUCCAGUUCCAUAGCGACAUAUAUAAUCCCCUCCACAUACUCCCUCCUAGCAUUCAGCCAUGAAACCCCUGAGUCUCUGUAUCCUGCCCCUGCUGGCCGCCCUGUCCAUGGGGCUCUGCCCCCAGCCUGCUGAACUCAAAGAUGACCUGGGUAACAAGCUGUGUGCCCGUGCUUAUGUAGAUAGCAGCGUAUAUUAUGACAAAUGCUGUGGCGGAGAUUACCUGGAUAUCAACGCAGGGGAUGAUGUGCCCUAUGUCCCAUUAAAAUGGUUCAACCGCAUUUCCUCAUUGGUGGUGGGCACCCGAUGUGAGCUCACUGUAUGGUCAAAAAUACCUAAGGAUGGUGCCACCAAGAAGUUCAGCAGUGGGGUCCAGCCACGGCUGGCAGAAGUCAAGAAGGGACUCUUUGGAGACUGGGAUAACUCCAUCUCUUCCUAUUACUGCAAAUGUAACUAAGAGAGAGAGAGACUGACUAUCCUGUAGAAUCUCCUGGGGCCAGAUCAUCUGCAGAGAUGUGCCGACCUGCCGACCUGCCACCUUCUGUAGGAGCUAUCUUCCUAUACUGCAAUUAAAGCUUGUGAA